AUGGCAGGAGUGGAUUGCUACGGGUACCGUCAGCAGCAGCAGCAGCAGCAAAGCCAGUACGACGUGAACAACAUGGAGUACCAGUACGAGUACGACGAUCCCAGUGUUGGUGGAGGUGGUACCGGUAUGUACGAUGCGUACAAUCCCACGGAACCGGAAGAAGUGGAGACUGGCUUUUUCUUGGACGCCAACGACCAGCCGUACUACGUGGACGCGGAGGGCACCGAGUAUUAUCCAGAUGCAGAGAUUGAUCCUCAAGAAGCGCAACAGUUUGGACUCAAGUUCGUCACGGACGCAAACGGCCUUUAUUACUACCAAGAUGUCACGCUAGAUCCGUCAGAAGCAGCGCUUUUCAAGGGGGUCGAUAGAAGCAUUGGCCCUCAACCUACUAGUACUUCUAAUAGUGCUGCUGUCGUUGCUACCCCUCAACCUACUGCACCUGAGGUUCAGGCUCAGGUCCAGGCCAAUGACAGUUCCUCUGUAGACGACUGUCAAUCUCACUUUACGGGCAGUCUGUCGGAUCCAGAGGACUCUCGUCAGUCCCCAGAUCAGCCAAAGACUGCCACAAACACAAACACAAACACACAAAAAGGACCGAAACGAAAUGGGGAACGCAGAAACAAGCUCACGCCGAAUGCAUGUAGUAACGACAACGACACCGACCAUCCAACCAAAAUUGCUCGAUCGCUUCCAGCCACUACCACCAAGACCCCAAUCCAACGAGCGCACAGCAUUUCCAAUACCAGCACCGCCAGUAGACUCCAGACACAACAAAACAGUACUCCAAGAGCACCUGCCACUCGAUCUCAAAGUGGUUCGGCCGCAAGAGAAUCCCGCAAAAUGGAAGCCAGAUAUGCCGCAUACAACCAAAUGACCAUCGAUUUGGACGAUGAUGACGACGACCACCACCACCACGACGAGGAAGAGUUUGCAAUGGCCGUCCAGCGUGAAGCCGAACGACGAAUGACACCACAAAGCGUACCACCACAACGAGGCAAUCAGCAUCGAGCCAACAUUCGAUCUUCUGCUCCUACUAGUCAUCAUCAAAGAGAUCGGAGUCCGCUACCAAACACAGGAUCACAACGAAAUCUCCUGUCGGACGAGCGCAGCAAUAAACAACGAAAUCAUCAUUCCAGCAGCAGACCAUCGGAUGCCAGCACCAUGUCGUCGGGACACGAAUCCUUUAAAAGUCUCAUGAGUGGUGCUGACGAUGCAUCGGUGGCCACGGGACGAUCCUCCAAAGCCAGUACGACAGGAUUGCGACGUGCAGGAAGUAACCGUGUUCUCCUCGAACGAAUGCGAAUCUCCAGUCGAAACUGCAAUACACACGACGACGACGAUGUGUCGUUGCUCGACGACGAUCAUCAGCUCGAAUACGAACAACAAGGCGAACAACCCGGGUACCAACCAACGUCGUCCAGGGAUAUCAUGCGGAAAUACAACAGACCUGCACUCUCGAGGGAAUCGAGCGCGAGGUCCAUGAAAUCAAACAACAAUAUCGGCAGACCUACACUCUCGAGGAAUCAUUCCAACAACAGCAAUAGCGGCAGGAGCUUGCUCUCCAGGGAAUCCAGCGCGAGGUCCGUCCAUUCCAGCAGGCCAGGCUUGACCCGACAAAAAUCCGCCCGUCGUGGAGGAUACGGCAGAUCUCGUGCCGAUCGACUCAGUCAACGAAACUUGAUGCGAGAACAGUACUCAUCGGCCAUUGAACGACACCAAAAAGCCCAAGACGAACGAAAAGAACAAGAGGAAUGGGAAGAAGAACUCAUGAUGCAAGAAAUUGAACGAUUGCAGGAUUUACAAAUACAACGAGCCAAGGAAGCCGCUCAAGGAAGUUCUGUCCAGCAGCAACUCAGAAUAAACUCGUUGACGCAAGGAACCAAAAACGUGGCACAACAAUCCAUGUCGGGCCUCGCCACUGCGGCUGGUGUAGCGGCAAAGGUCGGUCUUGCCACCACUCAUCUGGCUGCUGGAGCCACCAUUAUGGUUGGAAAGACAGCAGCCACCGUUGGCUUGGCUACUGCAAAAGGAACGGCAGGAGCCACCAUGAUUGUCGGGAAAACUGCGGCCAACGUUGGAUUGGCUACCGCGAAAGGAACUGCCGGAGCAACCAUGAUUGUCGGAAAGACAGCUGCCACGGUUGGAUUGGCCACAGCGAAAGGAACGGCUGGAGCUACCAAAUUUGUGGCCAAAACUGCCGUGAACACCACCGUUGGAGCCUUCACUGCUGGACCUGCGAAAAAGCAUUCAGGUGGACAUCAUGCAAGAGUGAACUCCUGUGAUGACAAUAAAAUGGAAGAAUUGACGGCCCACCUUGGAGGAAUCGCCGCAGCUUAUCGAGAAAACAGGGCAACCGAACUAUAA